GCUCAAUUUUCUGCCCCUCCCGGCAGGGAUCCCCUCGCUCUCCCGGGCUUCAUCUCGAGCCUGCGCCCCGGGUCGGGGUUUUCCGGGGGUCUUGGGGGGGGGUUGCUCUCCUUCUUAAAUCGGCGCUGAGGGACCCCUCCCCAGGCCCCCUGCCCUGGCCCCAGCCCUCGCGCUCCAGAUGCGCUGCCCCGCAGCUCCCUGAAAGCUGCGAGCCCACGCGCCCUGGCAGGCGGGCGGCGGCGGCCAACUGACAUGCCCCGGACGCGGCUGCGGCCGGCGGGCAGCCCGCGGGGGCGAUGAGGCGCUGCGGCAGGUGAGGAGCCGGGCGGCGGGGGCAUCGCGCACCGUCCUCACCCCCCUCACUUGCCCACUCUGCUCGGGAGACCGAGAGGAAACGGUCUCUGGCCUGUCAGGAGGACCAUUGGUGCUGCAGUGGAAGCCGGGGGCUAAGUCUCGUGCAUGGCGUGGUUAAGGUUACAGCCUCUCACCUCUGCCUUCCUCCAUUUUGGGCUGAUUACUUUUGUGCUCUUCUUGAAUGGUCUUCGGGCAGAGGCUGGUGGCUCAGGGGAUGUGCCCAGCACAGGGCAGAACAAUGAGUCCUGUUCAGGGUCAUCGGACUGCAAAGAGGGUGUCAUCCUACCAAUCUGGUACCCAGAGAACCCUUCCCUUGGGGACAAGAUUGCCAGGGUCAUUGUCUACUUUGUGGCCCUGAUAUACAUGUUCCUUGGGGUGUCCAUCAUUGCUGACCGCUUCAUGGCAUCUAUUGAAGUCAUCACUUCUCAAGAGAGAGAGGUGACUAUCAAAAAACCCAAUGGAGAGACCAGCACAACCACGAUUCGGGUUUGGAACGAAACUGUCUCCAACCUGACCCUUAUGGCCCUGGGUUCCUCUGCUCCUGAGAUCCUCCUCUCUUUAAUUGAGGUGUGUGGUCAUGGGUUCAUUGCUGGUGAUCUGGGACCUUCCACCAUUGUAGGUAGUGCAGCCUUCAACAUGUUCAUCAUCAUUGGCAUCUGCGUCUAUGUGAUCCCCGAUGGAGAGACUCGCAAGAUCAAGCACCUACGAGUCUUCUUUGUCACUGCUGCUUGGAGCAUCUUUGCCUACAUCUGGCUCUAUAUGAUCCUGGCAGUCUUCUCUCCUGGUGUGGUCCAGGUUUGGGAAGGCCUCCUCACUCUCUUCUUCUUUCCAGUGUGUGUCCUUCUGGCCUGGGUGGCAGAUAAGCGACUGCUCUUCUACAAAUACAUGCACAAAAAGUACCGCACAGAUAAACACCGAGGAAUUAUCAUAGAGACAGAGGGUGACCACCCCAAGGGCAUCGAGAUGGAUGGUAAAAUGAUGAAUUCCCAUUUCCUGGAUGGGAACCUGGUGCCCAUGGAAGGGAAGGAGGUGGAUGAGUCCCGCAGGGAGAUGAUCCGGAUUCUAAAGGAUCUGAAGCAAAAAUACCCAGAAAAGGACUUAGAUCAGCUGGUAGAGAUGGCCAAUUACUAUGCUCUUUCCCAUCAACAGAAGAGCCGUGCCUUCUACCGGAUCCAAGCCACCCGUAUGAUGACUGGCGCAGGCAACAUCCUCAAGAAACAUGCAGCAGAACAAGCCAAAAAGGCCUCCAGCAUGAGCGAGGUGCACACCGAUGAGCCUGAGGACUUUGUUUCCAAGGUCUUCUUUGAUCCGUGCUCUUAUCAGUGCCUGGAGAACUGUGGGGCUGUACUCCUGACAGUGGUGAGGAAAGGGGGGGACACGUCCAAGACCAUGUAUGUGGACUACAAAACAGAGGAUGGUUCUGCCAAUGCUGGGGCUGACUAUGAGUUCACGGAGGGCACUGUGGUUCUGAAGCCAGGAGAGACCCAGAAGGAGUUCUCUGUGGGCAUCAUUGAUGAUGACAUUUUUGAAGAGGAUGAACACUUCUUUGUGAGGUUGAGCAAUGUCCGCAUAGAGGAGGAGCAGCCUGAGGAGGGGAUGCCUCCAGCAGUACUCAAUAGUCUUCCCUUGCCUCGGGCUGUCCUGGUGUCCCCUUGUGUGGCCACAGUCACUAUCUUGGAUGAUGACCAUGCAGGCAUCUUCACUUUUGAAUGUGACACUAUUCAUGUCAGUGAGAGCAUUGGUGUCAUGGAGGUCAAGGUUCUGCGGACAUCAGGUGCCCGGGGCACAGUCAUCGUCCCCUUUAGGACAGUAGAAGGGACAGCCAAGGGUGGUGGUGAGGAUUUUGAAGACACAUAUGGGGACUUGGAGUUCAAGAAUGAUGAAACUGUCAAAACAAUUCACAUCAAGGUAAUUGAUGAUGAGGCGUAUGAGAAAAACAAGAAUUUCUUCAUUGAGAUGAUGGGCCCCCGCAUGGUGGAUAUGAGUUUUCAGAAAGCGCUCCUGUUGUCUCCAGAGAUGACAGACAGGAAGCUGACUGUGGAGGAAGAGGAGGCCAAGAGGAUAGCAGAAAUGGGAAAGCCAAUAUUGGGUGAACACCCCAAACUAGAGGUCAUCAUUGAAGAGUCCUAUGAGUUCAAGAGUACAGUGGACAAACUGAUCAAGAAGACGAACCUGGCCUUGGUUGUGGGGACCCAUUCCUGGAAGGACCAGUUCAUGGAGGCCAUCACUGUCAGUGCAGCAGGGGACGAGGAUGAGGAUGAGUCAGGCGAGGAGAGGCUGCCAUCCUGCUUCGACUACGUCAUGCACUUCCUGACAGUCUUCUGGAAGGUGCUGUUUGCCUGCGUACCCCCCACAGAGUACUGCCACGGCUGGGCCUGCUUUGUCGUCUCCAUUCUCAUCAUUGGCAUGCUCACAGCCAUAAUCGGAGACCUGGCCUCCCACUUUGGCUGCACCAUCGGCCUCAAGGACUCAGUGACAGCUGUUGUUUUUGUGGCGUUUGGCACCUCUGUGCCAGAUACGUUUGCCAGCAAAGCUGCAGCCAUCCAGGACGUGUACGCAGACGCCUCCAUUGGCAACGUCACAGGCAGCAAUGCCGUCAACGUCUUCCUGGGCAUUGGCCUGGCCUGGUCCGUGGCCGCCAUCUACUGGGCCCUGCAGGGACAGGAGUUCCACGUGUCAGCCGGCACGCUGGCCUUCUCCGUCACCCUCUUCACCAUCUUUGCGUUUGUCUGCAUCAGUGUGCUCCUGUACCGCCGGCGGCCCCACCUGGGUGGGGAGCUCGGUGGCCCUCGUGGCUGCAAGCUUGCCACGACUUGGCUCUUUGUGAGCCUGUGGCUCCUCUACAUACUCUUUGCCACACUGGAGGCUUACUGCUACAUCAAGGGGUUCUGAGCCACAGGACAAGGCCUCUAGCAGGACAAGCCUAGGACUUCUUCUAAAAGAAGGGCACCUCCCCACCAGUGACCUCUCUGGGAUGAGCAGCCCUGGAGAGGCAGCAUCAGGACCCGAGCCCCAGGAACUUCACCCGACCUAGGCCCUGGCAGUGAACUGAAAGGGCAGAGUCUUAAUCAAUCCAACAGAAUGGAGGAAACACCCACUUUACAAAGUAUUUAAUUCAAUACAAGCCAACAACAGCAACAAACCCACCUCCACCCCAUCUUCCCAUCCAUGUCCCUGACCCAUAGCAAAGGUCAGACCCUUUCACCAUCUUCUAUUCCACCUUCUUCUGAUUAUUCCUUUGCUUCUACUUUGCUUGGGGGCAGGGUUUCUCCUGUCUGUCCAGUUCAAUACAUCACCAUUCUCUCACUCAGCUGGUGAAGUGUGAAAAUGAGUCAUAUUCAUGUGGCUGGUUUGGGGUUCUCUUUCCUUGUAAUCAUUGUUGUGGUUGCUUUAAUUUUUCCAUCAGGUUUUGCUCAUUGUUUUUUUUGUUCAUUUCGUCUUUUCUUUCUGAAGUUAGUGACAAAGGUGCUGGGAAGGAUGUUCAAGAUCUGAGCCGACGGAUAGAGGGAUGAAUUUUCAGACACACACCUGCCAACUCUCGCUGGGUAACAGCUGUCUCUUGGCUCCAUUGAGGUCUCGUCCCCCAUCUCCUUUUUUUUUUCCUGAGUUCUUGAGAGGGCUGAUGGCAUUCGAGUGGAAGUAGGUUUGCACACCCACUCGGGGCGCUAAAGAAGGGGCGAGGCAGGGGGACUGUGGCUGUAGCAGGAGGAGCUUUGUAUGCUUAUGUCAACAUCAAAUUUAAACAAAAAGUCAUUAUUCUCUUCUCUGCCCAAGCCUUUCAAAGAGUGUCUGUCUCCUUGUGUCAAUGUCUAUAUGUUUAUCCUUCUGCAGGAAGACCCACCAAGCAGGAGAUACAGGGCAAAACGAGAAUGGUGUGUGAUGACAAAGGACAGCUGGGGAAACAAAAGAGAUGUAUGCCUUCUUGACUGUCUUUGGCUUUGUAUCUGAGGCAGGAGAGAAGAGAUGCUCACCCAGUGAGAUCUUCAAGGGAAAGAUGAUAUUUAAAAUGUCAGUGCUUCUGAGAAAUGUCAUCUUUACCAACCCCUCACCUUCUAAUGUACCAGACUAAGAAGGCUGACUAUAUUUCUUGAGGCAAUGCAAAAACUUAGAGGUUUAUGGGAAAACAAGGGGCUCCUUCCACGUCUCCUGAGCCCUCAGGUCACUUUGAAAGCAUUUUCACAAGAUAGGAACUGGAAUUGCUCAUCUCUUCCACAUUCCUGCUUGUUUUUAAACCUUAUGAAGCUCUUUCUCCAGCCUGUGGGCUAUUUCUUGCCCCAGUAAAAUGAAUCUUUGUUGCCAUAAUCCCAUGGAGCCUAGGUUUGUAGAAAAACAGAUUGCUGCGCCCUACAGACAUUUUCUGAACAAAUUUUGAAAGGACCUGGCUUUAAAACGUACACACACAAUAAACACACAUACAAAAUCACCACCAAACUGCCCACAGAUCUUUAGGCUUUCUGCAUUGACAUAAAUACAUUUUUUAAGGGGAAAAAAGAAAUUAAAAAACACCUGUUUAAUUUUAAACACAUUUUUUAAGAAAAAAUUACUAAAAAAGAAACAGUGCUCAUGUCAUAAGCUAUGUUGACAGUUGCCAGUGGAAAUGUUGGGUUGGUUUAAAAAAAAAUAAA